AUGACGACGUACGCAAAGCUCAAGGAUGACCCGAUAGGAAUUACGAAGAGAAAGAAAAACCCGAAAAUUAGAAUAGGAACAUGGAAUGUUCGAGGAACAUAUAGCGAAGGAAAACUCAAACAAAUAGUUCAAGAAUUACAAAGGUAUAAAAUAGAUGUAGCAGCUAUACAAGAGACGAAACAAAAAAGCAAACUCAUCACUGAAAUAGACAACUACAUAUUAUUUAAUAGCGGAAGUGAAAACAGAGAACUAGGAACAGGAUUCAUGGUGAAGAAGAGCCUGAAAGGAGCAGUAAUUACCUUCAAACCAAUCUCAGAAAGAAUGAGCUAUAUAAGACUGAGAAGUAGGUACAGGAAAAUAAGCCUACUGAAUUUACAUGCACCGACUGAAGAGAAAGAUCUAGAAGUAAAAACAGAAUAUUACGAAGAACUAGAAAAAGAAUAUGUGAAAAUACCAAAGCAAGACAUAAAAAUGGUUAUAGGAGACACCAAUGCAAUGAUAGGCAAAGAAAAUUGCUACAGGCCAACAAUCGGGAAAGAAAGUAAACACCAAAAAACGAAUCAAAACGGAGAAAAACUGAUAGAGUUUGCAGAAGAAAAUAAAAUGGUAGUCACAAGCACCUUCUUUGCGCAGAAAGAGAUCUACAAAGGCACAUGGAUGUCGCCUGACGGAAAAACGGUCAACCAAAUAGACCACAUACUGGUAGAAAGGAGAGAUGCCCAACUAAUAACUAGAUUAAGAAGCUACAGGAAAGCAGAAGCGAAUUCAGACCAUUUUCUAGUAAGAGCAGACCUCAAACAAGAAAUACCGAAGAAAAAAGAAGGAAAGAAGACGCAAAGUGAUAUAAAUGUAAACAAACUUAAGAAAGUUGAAGUACAACAGGAAUACGAACAAAAGAUGAAUGAGAGAAUAAGAUCAACAGAGCAAGACAUACCUAUAGAAGAGAGGUGGGAAGAACUACAAGAGAACAUAUGGAAGACCUCGGAAGAAGUACUAUGGUAA